AUGGCAAUGGCAACCUCUGUUUCAGGCCAAGUUCCUGUGAAAGUCUUACACCAGGAUGGCUCAAUCAAUAACUCCCUUAUUGUGGAUCAAGCACUGCCUGACUGGCCCCCUUUGAAAGCUCCAGAGGGAUGUGCACCUCCCGAUACUCACAUACAGAGGGGUUUACUUGCAGACUGGGGAUUUGCAGCUGUAUUUGAAGAUACUGAAGAGUUAGCGGAGCAUUCAGACAACUCAAAUAAUCAUUCAAACAACUCAAAGGAACAUUUAGAUGAUGUGUCUGAAGAUUCAGACCAGGAUGACCACUAUUUUGGAUUGAAUCCUGGUGAUGUCCAGAAGCUGCAAGAGUUGGUGAAGUCCAUGCUAUCCACUGUUAACCACGAGGAAGAAAUAAUCCGCUCUGACCAGAGUUUGAGUAAGGAGGGUUGGCAGGUUGGUAAUAGAAAUCAUGUUCUUGAGCAUACACCGUAUGAGAUGAAAGAUGCAGAUGCUAAAGAAAAGGACGACAUCAAGAAAUGGCUAAAUUCUGAGUUCACUUCAAUGUUAACCCGCUCUGACGCUGCUUUCCACAAGUAUCAGACCUUUGGCAGAGUCGAUAGUCUCAGCUUGUUUCUUGAAAACAAUGUAUCUGAAUACUUUCCCUUUAUGAUCCCUUACUUCAAGCGCCUCUGCAAGGUUUGGUUUGGGUCCACAUUGUUCCUCUCAAAGAGCAUCAUGUGGCAGAUCUUUUUCCAGCACCCGUGCCGCAAUACGCACCUUGGCUCUGCAAGAAGCUGUGCUUGGUACCGCAAGGGUAAAUUGAGAGAGAUCCUAACCCAGCAGAAUGGCGACUUGGAGAGGCAAGGAUUGCUAGUGGAAGAAAAUCUAGAUAACCCCUAUGGCCCUCCACAUCCAUUCCAGGAGGAAUCCAUUGGAGAUGCCAUAGAAGAUAUUAAAGAAGAUCUAUUUGCAUUUAUCCCACUCAAGCAACCUGAACAGGAGGAUCUGGAGCCAGGGGAGGCAGCGGGUCCUUCUAAUCAUCCAAAUGCCAUUUCUCUGAAUGAUAAUGAUGAUGAGCAUGUAGAAAUUCUCCACCCUACAGCAGGUCAGAUAAUAUGUAUGGACUAUACUUUGUAUGAGAGAUGGAGAAAAGAGUUUGAAGGGGCAAGAGGGGCUGAAGACAACUAUGGGGAUGUGGAUAUGGAUAAUAAUUUCCCAGUUGCCUCUGCACCACAGGAUGCUAGCCUCCUUGACAACCCAGCCCAUGCAAAACACAUUGUCUACAAACCUAAGAAGAUAUUCAGUAAUGCACAGAAAGAAAAUAGAAUUUACAAUGAAAUGUGGACUGGAAAGUGGUGGCAUGCAAUCCAGGCACGUCUACCUAAGGGAGCAGCUCUUUCACCAGUCAUAAUUGCUACAGACAAAACAUAA